AUGGCAGCCGCUGGAGGCGGGGUAGGAGAUGGCGAGCUGCGGCUGCUGGGCAAGUCGUCGAGCCCGUGGGUGUUCCGGGUGAGAGUGGCGCUGGGACUCAGGGGCCUGAGCUACGAGUACAUCGAGGAGGACCUCGCCAACAAGAGCGACCUCCUGCUCCGGUCCAACCCGGUGCACAAGAAGGUGCCGGUCCUCAUCCACGGCGGCCGCCCGGUGUGCGAGUCGCUCGUGAUCCUGCAGUACGUCGACGAGAUCUGGUGGGGAACCACCGGUCCCGCGCUCCUCCCGUCCGACCCCUACGACCGCGCCACGGCAAGGUUCUGGGCGGCCUUCGUCGACGACAAGUUUUUUCCGGCGUUUAGCGCGCUGUUCAGAUCGAGGACGGACGAGCAGAGAGCGGAGGCGCUCCAGAACGCGCUCCUUGUGGUGGAGACGUUGGAGCGGGCGUUCAGGGAGUGCUCCAAGGGGAAGGCCUUCUUCGGCGGCGACGCCGUCGGGCUCGUCGACAUCACGCUCGGGAGCCACCCGAUCUGGAUGAGAGCGGUGGACGAGAUGGCAGGCACCAAUCUUCUGGACGGGGACAAGUUCCCUGGCCUGGCGGCGUGGGCGGAGCGGUUCAUGGCCGUGGACGCCGUGAACAGGGUGGUGCCGGACGCCGGGAAGCUUUUGGAGCAGUACAAGGCGUCUCGGGCUAUGCCGCCGCCCGCCGCUGAUUCUAGCUGA